UAAAGCAAUUAAAGUUUACACCUUUAUUUUAGUGCUACUUUGCUCUGCUUUGUGCAAAAUCCAGAGACUCAAAAACCUUUGUAUCUUCAACCAUAUAGAAGAAAAAAAAUGCAAUGUUCAGAAGAAACAAUUGCUAGUUUGUUCUACAAUUUCUCUAGCUCUUUUCUUCUUUUCUUACUCUUCUCCUACUUCACUUCCAUUUUACUUACUAAAUUCUUCUAUUUCCUUGGCGAAAAUCCAUUUUUCUGGAGGAAUCAAGAUGGAUAUGAAUUUGCUGAAUUUUCUGAUGAUGAAGAAAUAGAGGAAGAAAAUGAGUAUUACCAUAAUAAUGCUCAUCAGUCAGUGGAGGAAAAUAAUUUUGUAGCAGACAUAAUUCGUGGAGCUCAAGAAAAUGAUCAAUUUCCUGAUUUUGAGAAAGAAACAGAGGAAACUGGUAGUAUUACUGAAGAAGAGUCUAUUUAUAGCUCAGUGGAUUCGGAAUCUAUUCAUUCUGACGAUGAAGUGGAAGUCAAAGAAAAGAUUCCAAGUAGAGAUGAUGAUUCUGAUUCUUGUUGUUAUUCUGAAAUCAACCAAGUUGGCCCCACCUCAUCUCUUCUCAACGAAUUGAACACAAAUAAUGGACUAGACAUGAUCGAUAACAACAUCAAUAAUCAUGGAAACUGUUACAGGGAAAUCAAUAAAGACAAGAAAGUGAUGGAGAUUAAUUUAUGUCGAGAGGAAAAUAUAUUUGUUAAUGCAUCAUCAUCAAAGUUAGAGAGCAAGAAACUAUUUCAAUUACAAGAAAAGGAAGAAGAGCAUGAAAUAUUUGGAGAUUCUUGUACUGUUGGUUCAACUUCAAAGAGCUCCACUGAAUGGAGAAGCUCCAUUAAAGACUCAACAACUGAAGAUCCAUUCUCUUCUUCUUCAAGGAGAAGUUGCCCUAAAUGGGAGUCUUAUACAAUCUUCCAAAAAUAUGAUGAAGAAAUGCUGUUUUUUGAUAGAAUCAGUGCCCAAAAGCUACAUGAAACAGAAUCAUUAAGAUCAAUUCAAGCAUGUCCAAGAUCAAUAUCAGAUAGGAUUGUUCACAAGUUGUCAACAAGGAACAAGAAAUCCUCAGAUUAUCGACACCAUAAUAAUCCAUUUCAAGAACUAGAGGCAGCUUAUGUAGCUCAGGUAUGUUUAGCAUGGGAAGCUCUGAGUUGGAACUACAAAUAUUUCCAACGUAUUAGAGCUUCACGUAAUAAGGAAUCAUCAGAACCAGGUUGUCCUGCUUAUGUUGCUCAGCAGUUUCAACAAUUUCAAGUUCUUUUACAAAGAUAUGUUGAGAAUGAACCCUAUGAACAUGGGAGGAGACCAGAGAUUUAUGCUAAGAUGAGAGGCUUUGCUCCUAAGUUGCUUCAAGUCCCAGAAUAUCGAGAUUCGGAGGAGGAUAAGGGUCAAGAAGAUUAUUGUUCAAGAAUAUCUUCAGAUUCAUUUCUCCAGAUAAUGAAAGAGGCAAUCAGAACAUUUAUGAAUUUUCUCAAGGCAGACAAGGAGAAUCGUUGCCAAAUAUUAAUGGCAGCUUUCUUUAAAAGAAACAGAAGAGGUUCAGCUGAUGCAACUCUCCUCCUCUUAUUAAAGAAAGUCAACAAAAAGAAAAAAUCAAAGGUGAAAGAUCUACGACGAUCAGGGAAGUGCAUGAGGAAUAAAAGAAGGCUAAGAGAAGAGGAAGAAAUGGAGAUAUUGAUGUCUUUAAUAGACCUAAAAUUAGUGUCAAGGGUAUUGAGAAUGAGUGAAGUGAAUGAGGAACAGUUGCAUUGGUGUGAAGAAAAGAUGAACAAAGUGAGACUUUCUGAUAGGAAAUUACAAAGAGAUUCUUCACCACUUUUCUUUCCAGCACACUGAUAAGUACCCCACCAGCCACUAGUUCAUUUUACUUUAAUGACUAGAUCAUGAAUGUGAAAUGCAUGAAUAUGAAUAUCCUCAAUAUUCCUUUCCCUAGCAUAGCUUUAUGUAAAUACUACCACAAAAGGACAAAAAAAGAAAGAAAGGGUGUCCCAGAAAUAAAAGCAAUCUUCGAGCGGUGGAGAUAACCUCUUGCAGAGAUGUUGAGUAAGGCAGCAUACAACAGCUCUUGUGAUCUGGCUCUUCCUCGGAUAUCCUUCGCCUAGACAUAGCUUUCUUUAAUUAGUACCACAAAAGGACCCAAAAAAAGAAGGGGUGGCCGAGAAAUAAAAGCAAUAUGGGUUGUAAAAAUGUAAAGUAAGGUUGUGUACGAAUUUUGUGAGUGGCGGAAACUUAGCACCGAGCUACUUUGAAUAUGGGAGCUUUUGGAAAAGUAUGAAAGAGGGAGUUAAAGGGAUAGAUGACUGAUUGUUUUGGAGAAAUAUAUUGACUGUACUGAAUAAGGAAAAAGAGAGAAAAACAAAGGGCAAAAAGGAAAGUGGAUGAAGAUAAAGACAAGGGUACGUAGCUUUAAUUUACUACUACUACUACUUUUUAGAGCUUUUAAAUAAGGGUUUAUCUGAGUUGAUUCAAAAGGCAAAUUAAAGCUGCGGACCAUGCAAUGGAAUUAAAAAGAAGGUGGAGCGUAUGAAGGGAUAAGAUCCUGAUUUGAUUUUGGUCCCACUAUUUAGAAAUUAAUUAAACAAAUAAACAAUAAUAGAUUUA